AUGUUGGAAGUGAUUCCUAAGCUGUGGAUUAGAAACACGAUGGCAAAGUCUAAGAAUCACACAGCUCAUAACCAGUCUUAUAAGGCGCACAAAAAUGGCAUUAAGAAGCCUAAGAGACAUCGCCACACUUCCACUAAAGGGAUGGACCCUAAGUUUCUAAGGAAUCAGAGGUAUGCGAGGAAGCACAACAAGAAGAGUGGGGAAACUGCCACAGAGGAAGAGUAA